UCCUUCGAUCUCUGACCAGCUGAUGAACUCUGCCUCUCGCUCUGUCACUCGCACCCUCUCUCAGUAGUUCUGUCAGUUACCCCCCCCUCCCUCGGCGGAUGUCAGUGGUCGGGAUCUACUCACCGGCGUUGGGACGGACUGGGAGCCGCUGCGAGUUGGCAUCAGUUGAGAUCGCGAGGACUUUCCACUAAAGGACAUCUAUUUUGAGUUGGUGGGGGGUGAGCGCUGAGUGCCGGGCCCCGUCUGUCCCGGGACAUUCAGGCUGGUGGCACCGCUGAAGCCUCUUUCUCUGUGCGGGAGUACCCUCGGCUUGUCCCGGGACCCUGCCCUCGGAGAUGUACCAGGGUCUGGCCAAUCCCCCACCCUACACGACGCACCCUGACCCUGUCGGGGCUUUCCUCCACUCGGCCAGUUCUGCCGUCUAUGUCCCGAGCUCCAGGAUGAGCAGCGGGCUGUCGGGCUUCCCUUACCUGCAAGGCAGCUCCCCCCAGCAGGCCUGCCCAGUGUCCGCUCACCCAUCCUGGGCUCAGGCGCAAGCUCAGGCGGUGAGCAGCGAACCUUCUUGCAGCCGCAACCCCGCUUCCUUCUCUUCCAGCCCGCCGAUGUCCAGCGGUUCUCCCGCCUUCAGCAGCCCUCUCUCCAUCUCCUCGGCAGCCGCCGCCGCCGCCGCCGCCGCCGUGCGGGACCAGGUCAGUAUCAGCUGGACCCUCAGCGGCUCCUUCCCCAACCACUACCCGCAGUACCUGAGCUCGGAGGCGGCCGGCGCCUGGAGCCCGGCUCCCAUGGACAAUCCUGCCUUCAGUCUGAUCCAGCAUCGCAGGCACGGCGAAGAGCUACUUGAUGAUGUCCUUGAAGGCCGGGAGUGCGUGAAUUGCGGUGCUAUGUCAACUCCACUGUGGCGGAGAGAUGGAACUGGUCAUUAUCUGUGCAAUGCCUGUGGACUCUAUAACAGAAUUAACGGGAUUAACCGGCCCCUUAUCAAACCUCUCAAACGACUGUCUGCAUCUCGGAGAGAGGGACUCUCAUGCUCCAACUGUCACACUGCUACCACCACCCUGUGGCGGCGCAAUGCGGAGGGAGAACCCGUGUGCAACGCCUGCGGGCUCUACAUGAAACUCCACGGGAUACCGCGACCUUUAGCAAUGAAGAAAGAAGGGAUCCAGACACGGAAGCGGAAACCAAAGAAUGUGAACAAGGACGCAUCUUCCGCUGCGCCCUUUUCCAGUUUGCCAUCCACCCCUAUUAGCACUUCCGCGGGUGCAUUGGAACUUAUCACACCAAAGACGGAGCCAGGCCUUUACUCAUCUGCAUGCAGAGUUCAGAGAGUUAGCACCCAGGACACAUUCGGGCCAGGUGGCAACAGUCUUCGCUUCAGCAUUCCAACUUUGAAACUGUCAAACUCAAGUGAACCAAGCACCAGUAGAGAAUCCAAGGGGGGCAAAUCCUACCCCUUCGGAAGUAUGGAGCUGGUCUGACGCCAAACAGACCGCCACCACAAUCUUCACGAAUGCUAGUUUCAUUAAUGGAGUUUGCAAUGGAGAUACAUUUUAUCUGAAUGAAAACUGGAAAUGACGAAGAGGAUACAAGAAUGCCAAGAGGAGAAAUCAAUGGAAUGCUGGGUCAUAUCAUCUUAUAAUUUAAAAAGAGUGAGUGUUGCCGAAAUGAUGUCUUAUUGCCAAGGUUUAACACCACCUAAAUUCUCUGUAGGUGACCUUGGUGCAUUCUGAUCCAACAUUGUUUGUAAUUAAGUGCCUUAUUUUGGACCACCAUUUGCUGUAUGUCUCUAACUUUCCACUUGAAAUGGAUAUAUUUGGAGUGUGCUCCCUGGACCGUUGCACAUGUGGAAUAGUUUGAACAGACUUUGCCUCUGGUAAAAAUACAUUUGCAUUUCAUCGAGGAAUUAUUUUUUUCGUAGUGUAAGUAGUUCUUGUUCUAUUAUGGAUGGUUCAAGCUAAUAAUAAAAUACAACUUAAUAAAUUCAGAUUGUCUCUUGGCUA